AUGGAUCGUAGUUGGAUGAAAGCUAGUAGAUUAAGUGCCGAGUUUGAACGGGGAGUGAUUGAAUUUAUUCGAUUUGCUGAAAUCAAUCUUCCAUCUCCCGAAAAUAAUGAUGAAAAAAAUCUUCCUCCUAAAAGUAAUGAACAUUUUCGAUGUCCAUGUGUUCUUUGUGGAAAUAAAAAACUAGAAAUUCAUAAGAUAAAAAGUAUUGCUUCUGAGAUGGAAGGAAAGACAGAAGAAGAAGUAGAAAGAUAUGCAGAAGUUUUCAGAGAGCGAUACAAGGAGUUGAAUGAUUAUGACAGAAUUAUAAAAAACAUUGAAAGAGGUGAGUCAAGAAUAGCUCGGAAAGAUGAGAUCAUGAAAGCUAUUGGGAAGAAGUUGGACCGCUACAAGAAUCCUUGGCUAGAGUUGAAGAUACAAUAUGGACAAAACAAAGGGAAAUUAUACAAUGAAGAAUGUGAUCGAUUCAUGAUAUGCAUGACUCACAAACUUGGAUAUGGGAAUUGGGAUGAAUUGAAGGCGGCAUUUCGAAUGUCACCCUUGUUUCGUUUUGAUUGGUUUGUAAAGUCACGCACAACUCAGGAACUAACAAGGAGAUGUGACACCCUCAUUCGGCUGGUAGAGAAGGAAAAUCAAGAAUAUGAUGAAAGGGAGAGACAAGCUCGUAAAGAAAAGAAACUUGCCACUAAGAGUUCGACCCCAUCAAAGCGCCCCUUGCCAAGACAGGCAGAGAGUCCAUCUCUGAAGAAGCGGAAGCAAUUAACGAUGGAUCACUAUGUAAGCUCGGUAAGUUUGUUGCCAAUGCAUCAUAUAUUCCAUCAUCAUGAUUACAUACAUGUUGCAAAUCUAAACUGUUAG